CAUGGACUUCUCCGUUUUGCCAAACAGCAACCAUCCUGACAAAUUCCUGCAACUGGAGGUGAAGUCUUUAGUGAAAAACUCUGCCUUUCUACAAGCCAGCUUGGCAAAAUUUCCAGAGGCAGCUUUACCUGGAGUGCAGCGGUGGCACAACAGGGUCUAUUUACAGAGAGAAAAGAGAAAUGUCACUGAGCUGCCAGGCUUAGACUCGAACGGGGUCAGUCAAGAAAUGAUAGACAAAGCCCUCGGGAAACACAUUACACCCAUCACCCUGAAAUCCACAAUCAAAAGCAAUCCCUUGUAUAGUGAUAUCCAGGUGGAUGAUGACUGGGAGGAGAAGAAAAAGAGCCCUUCCUGGACCGUGCAAGACUAUGACAGACACUCACUGCACUCUAACUUGGCCAGCCACAUAAAGAGGAGAAAAACAAAAGCAGAACUCUGAGCUUCUAUCAAAAGAAUCCCCUGAGACCUGAGACGGGC